AUGUCCCUUUUCAAGACCUUGCAAAACUCUCCUGCUACCAUUUCCAUCUUCCACAAUGCCCGUGUUCCUGCUCUGGCCAAAUUGUUCCCUCACUUGGAGAAAGCAUACUACCAGUUGAACGAUAAAAAGGAUCUUUUCCAAUUGGACAUGAAUGCCAAAAAAAUGCCCACAUAUGACCAAUUCAAGACAAUUUACUCGAAUUGUGUACGUGGUGACCGCUGCCAAACUGUGUUGAAACAGUGUUUCCCGUUGCUUAACGAUAAGUUUACCCUGUCUGAACACUCAUCGGUAACAGUCAAAAGCCUCGGCAUAAGACAUGACAGAGGUUUCAAGAUCUUCUCUCAGAACGAGUAUGAUCACAUUCACGAGGCAUUUAAUAAAUACAUCAACGAGGAGAAUCCGGAGAUUGAUCCAAACGAGCUCUUCCUGCCUCCAUUGCUCAUUGACUGGGAUCAGAACUUGAUCGCCAGUGACAUGGACGGUUUGAAGUUGAUCUUGAAGAAGUACAAAGACGCAGCCAGUGAAAGCUCUUAA